AUAUCCUCACAUGACAACAGUCACUUGGUUUCUGCUAUAGCUUCCUACUACAGAGCCAAAACGUAGAGGAGUCGACCGCUGCUGCUGACAGAAACCCUGCUAUGCUUCACCGGAUCAGAGUCGUUCAUAUGAUCUCCAGCCCAUGGCAUUAUCGGGGGCAGGGAUGAGAUGGUUUUAACCCGUUGUUUCCAGCGUUCGCGGUGCCGGUGACAUUACUCUCAUUAGAUCAGACAGGUCGUUUUAAAGCCGCCGUCCGACGCGGAUAGGGUAACGAACCUUCACAGUCAUCGUUAGGACACACAGGCUCACUGCCCUCUGGGGGUUGAACACAAGGGAAAAACAGCGUUUUGGAUCUAAAUCGUUGUAUUUUCGUUAUCCUUGAUGUCGGCCUACAAGAGGGCGACGCUGGACGAAGAGGAGCUGGUGGACGCCAGCGGGGACGACGUGUACCCCUCAUCACCCAUGCAGGUGGGUCUGCGGACGUUGCCCGGGGGGGCGUGCUGGGCGGGGCGGCCUGCGAGGGAGCAGAAGCUGGUGCUGCUGGUGUGUGUCUUGUCGCUGGCGCUCUUCGUCUCCCUCAUCACCACCAGCGUCUACUACAAGCAGGCCCAUCCAGGGCUCUGCCUCACGGAGCCGUGCGUCAGGGUGGCGGGGGCCGUGCUGGCCUCCUUGGACCGCUCCGUGGACCCCUGCCACGACUUCUACAGCUUUGCCUGCGGGGGCUGGAUCCGGAACAACCCCCUCCCCGAGGGCAAGUCGCGCCGGAGCCCCUUCAGCGAGCUCUGGGAGAACAACCUGCUGCUGAUGAAGCAGCUGCUAGAGAACACCACGGUGAAGGAGCUGGGCCAGGCCGAGGAGAAGGCCCAGCGCUACUACCACGCCUGCAUGAACGAGACCAAGAUCGAGAGCCUGGGGGCCCAGCCGCUGCAGGAACUCAUCAACCAGGCGGGGGGGUGGGCCCUGACCGGCCAAUGGGACAAGGACAACUUCCAGGAGGUCCUACGUUGGGUGUCGGCCAACUACCGCACCUCACCCUUCUUCACGGUCUUUGUCAGCACCGACGCCAAGAACUCCAACAGUAACGUGAUCCAGAUCGAUCAGUCCAGUCUGGGGCUCCCUUCCAGAGAUUACUACCUGAAGAAGUCUGAAAACCAAAAGUAUCUGACGGCGUACCUGGACUUCCUGGUGGAGCUGGGGGUGCUGCUGGGGGGCACGCAGGAGGGCUCCCUCCACAUGAUGCUGGAGGUCCUGGAGCUGGAGACCGCCCUGGCCAACAUCACGGUGCCGCAGGACGAGCGCCGCGACGAGGAGCUCAUCUACCACAAGAUGGAGGCCAGCGAUCUCACGGCCCUGGCCCCGGCCAUCGACUGGAUGCCCUACCUGAAGGACGUCUUCGCCCCGGUGGAGCUCAAUGCUUCGGAGCCUGUGGUGGUCUACGCCAAAGAGUUCCUGCAGGAAGUGUCCAUCCUCAUCGAUAAGACCAACAAAAGCCUGCUGAAUAACUACAUGAUCAUGAAGGUUGUCAGGAAGAUGGUGUCCGUUCUGGACCGGCGCUUCCAGGACGCGGAGCAGCGCUUCCUGGAGGUGAUGUACGGAACCAAAAAGAGUUGCACGGAGCGUUGGAAGGUGUGCAUGAGCGACACAGACUCGGCUCUGGGCUUCGCUCUCGGCGCCAUGUUUGUUAAAUCCGCCUUCGCUGAGGACAACAAAGCUAUUGCCGAGCACAUGGUGUUGGAGAUUAAAGCUGCGUUUGAGGAGGGCCUGCAGUAUGUGAGCUGGAUGGACGCGGAGACAAAGAGAGCUGCCAAAGAAAAGGCCGACGCCAUAUACAACAUGGUGGGCUACCCACAGUUCAUCAUGAACGCCACAAACCUCGACAAAGUGUUCAAUGAUUUCGAGGUGGUGUCCGACCUCUACUUCCAGAACGUGAUGCAGUACUACAACUUCUCCGCCCGUGUGACAGCGGACCAGCUAAGGAAAGAACCCAACAGGAACCAGUGGAGCAUGACCCCUCAGACGGUCAACGCCUACUACAACCCCACGAAGAACGAGAUGGUGCUGCCCGCCGGGAUCCUCCAGGCGCCGUUCUACAGCCGGGCCUGGCCCAAAGCUCUUAAUUUCGGGGGCAUCGGUGUGGUGAUGGGACACGAGCUCACCCACGCCUUCGACGACCAAGGCCGAGAAUAUGACAAGGAAGGGAAUCUCCGGCUGUGGUGGAAGAACUCCUCUGUGGAGGCCUUUAAGAAGCAGACCCAGUGCAUGGUGGAGCAGUACAGUAACUACAGCAUCAACCAGGAGCCUCUGAACGGGAAGCACACGCUGGGGGAGAACAUCGCCGACAACGGCGGGCUGAAGGCCGCCUACAAGGCCUAUCUGAACUGGAUCAGUAAGAACGGCGAGGAGGCCACUCUGCCCGCUCUGGGGAUGACCAACCACCAGCUGUUCUUUGUGGGAUUCGCCCAGGUGUGGUGUAUGGUGCGGACCCCAGAGAGCUCCCAUGAGGGUGUGAUCACAGACCCUCACAGCCCCUCCCGCUUCAGGGUGAUCGGGACCGUGUCCAACCUGCCCGAGUUCUCCAAGCACUUCGGCUGCAAGGCGGACGCUCCCAUGAACCCACGGCACAAGUGCGACCUCUGGUGAUGACGAGGUCACUGGAAGCUGAUUGGCGGACCGAGGGAUCGGGGAGGGAGGGAGGGAGGGAGGGAGGAAAGGUUCCACGGUUGCCAGGACAAAGUCUACAGAAAGCACCAAACCACUGCCACUGCCUGACUACUUAAUACUCCUCAGGUUCCGUUCCAGCACACACACACACACACACACACACACACACACACACACACACACACACACACACACACACACACACACACACACACACACACACACACACACACACACACACACACACACACACACACACACACAGGCUUAAGAAGCAGAGUGCCGAUGCCCAAACUCGCCUUACGUGUAGUAGUGUUUUAGCAAGGGCCCUUUUCCUGAACGUUCAAAUGUGUUUUAAAAUUGCUUACUGGGCCAGAUGUGCGCUAUUUUUUUAAACGGGAAAGCAAGCCAACGGAUAAUGAAUGGGAGAACCACUCAUUUGAAUGCCUUUUUAAGUCCUUGGUUUUUGUUUUAACUUUUCUAUGGUUUUUUUAGCUUGAUUAAUGAAUGACUGUAAAUAGACGGGAUGACACUGUGGACAGGACACUUGAGAUGAAGCCAUGGGAUGUGAUUCCUUGAAAGAUGCAGUACUGCUAUAUGUACACACCCAAUUUUAAACCCCAUGUUAGUCACAUUUUGUUACGGAAGAUGCAAAUUUCUCCUUUUUUAUAAAUUAUAUUGACCCCGUCAUGAUGAUUCUACAAGGACAUCAAAACUCACAGGAAAAUAAAACUAGUGAAAGUGUUAUGUGAUGUGUAUUGUUUCAAUGCUAUAAUACUAACGCUAUAUAUGGUCCAUUUCACACUUUAGCUAAGUAAGCUAUAAUGCAUGUAUGUGUCCUGUACUUUUUCCUGUUGCCUUAUUGUGAUCUAUUUUGCCUAAUAAAUUUUAUCUUAAAACAA